AUGAGCAAAUCCGAGAUUCAAUCGUGGAUCGCUCAGACUGGGCCUGCAGGGGCCGACGAUAACGGGAACUCGGAUGGUGAAGGGGGAGGGGAGUAUGUGUGGAGGCGGGAUCGGGUGUUGAAGGAUUGGGAUCGCUCCCUCGAGUAUGCACAGACGAGGUUGUUGGGUGAUAAGACGAAACCCCGUGUCCAGUUUUUGAGGGAGGAGGUGUUGGGGCUGGCUAGACAUGCUGAUCUAUCGUUGAGCCAGGUUCUGGACGUUUUCAGGCUGCUCACGCUUACUUAUCCGAAAUAUGUUGAUACGGCUUCGAGAGAUGCGGUUGAAGCUGUGGGGAUGGAGCUCGUUCGACGCGAUGAACUGAGGGAAGACGGGAAGCUGGGGGUCACGGAGCAGAUUCUUGGGUGGUUGUCCAACGAAGUCGCCGGGUUGGUCAAACGCGGGACGGCCAACUCGUACGCACCAUCGAACCUGUUCGUCCUAUUAAGCUGGUCAUGCGGGUUAUACACAACCUGCACAAAACAUAACCCCGAGUUCCCCUCGUCCCCCUCGUUCAGGGUACUCGUAGGCUCGAUGGCCUUCCUCCUCGACAUGCUCACCGAAUCCACCCUCGCCAAACCCUCGCUCAAACAAGGAGGCCUCGUCCGCACGCGCCGCGCUCUACGCUCAAGCGGCCUCCCAAUCGUCCCCAAAGUCAUCGAAACCCUCCUCGCGCUCGCCAAAACCAACCCCACUCCCGUACCACUCGUCACCCUCAUCGGCACGAGUGUGAGCGUCUUGAUUCGCCUCAAACAUGUGGAGGAGCAGCCUACCGAUCGUCUUCCGGCUGAACUCAAGACGGGGAUUGUGACGCUGUAUACGUCGUCUGUCGUCCUCUCCAAAACGCCCGUUCCGGAGCACGUCCUGGUCGCUCUAGACGAUUUCAUCGCUACGUUUAUCACCCCGGAGGAUUUCGAGAAGACGGUGUUGCAGGUGUUCGAGAGGGCGUUGUUGCGGUCUCCGGAGGUCGCGUUGGGCGUGGUGAUUAGGUUCUUCGAGGCGUACGCGCACCCGCUCCCUCUGGACCUCUUCAAGAAGAUGAUCACCCAGUCUGUGAACAGCGCGAAAUCUACCCAGGUUCCUGUACGCACCAACUCGAUCGCGCUCUUCAAGGCGGUGUUGUCUACGGCCAAGGGUGAUCCUGGGUUGGAGGGUGCAGCGCUAACUGAAGUGCUGGUCCUACCCAAGACCUCGAAGACGGCUGGACCGGAGCACCGCGUGGCGUUGUAUUCGAUGUUGGGCUAUGUCAGACCCUCCAACGACGUUUCGCCGGUCCUCAUCCAGAGCUCUACACCACUCCUCGCGAAAGAGACGAACGAAGCGGCUAUCGCGGUGCUAGCCAACGCCCUCCCACCACACAUCACUUUCCUCCUCCGGUCCUCGACCGCGCUUCCGUCCGAAGCUGUGCAGCUUAUCGCGAAGGAGAUGGGGAGCCUGAAGCCCCCUGUUCGACGUGCCUUUGCGACUUUGGUGGGGAGUGUGUUUUACGAAGAUGAAGGAGACGGAGAGGGGAAGGGUGUGGUUGGGGAGAGUGAGGCUGGGAAGGCGUUUGCGAAAGCCGUGGCGCCUUCGUUGGAGAAUGCGUUGAAGAGUGUGGCUGCGAAUCCUAUUAAUGCGCCUGGUGGGCCUUUGGAGGGGUAUGUUGCCCUCGCUACGCUUCUAGGACCCUUCGCGCGAUCGGGUAUCUUUGAUGAGUUGAUCAGCAAGAACGCGGUUGUGCAGGCUAUUGUGGCUAGUUCGGCCAAGCAGCCGUUCCUGCUGUGGGAUAAAGUCUACCAGAAGGUGACGGAUCCUGCGGACGAGAAGUGGUUGUUGCGUGCUGCCAAUGCUGCGUUUAAACAUUUCCAUUCGCAGAUCGCGAAGAGUGAAGGUCUCAAAGUGCAGUUCGGCCUUGUCUUUGUGCAUUUGGCUGUGGAGAGCAAGUCCCCGGAGAACCGGAAACUCGUGAACGAGUAUAUCGUUGGACUUGCGACUGCGUACCCGCAGCUUACGAAUACGGUUAUUCGGGAGGCUGUUACUUCUUUCGUCUCCGCCACCUCUUCCUCUUCCACCUCAUCACCAUCACCACCAUCGACGGUACCCCCGAAAACGGAGCCAGAAGAGGCGGGGUUGCAGGGGUGGAACAAGCAUGGCAGACUCUCGGGGUUGCUGCUUAGUUGUUCGGCGUUUGACGAGAGUGUGUCGGGUCUGGAGAAGGAGGGUCUUGUGGCGGAGUGGGUGGUUGUUGCUCAUCAUCCUUUGAUUUGUGGUCCCUCAAGACAGACCUGGAUUGAUCUGUGUAUGAAAGCUGGUGUUGACCCGUUGGUGGUGGCCAAUAAGCAUUUGCAGCGGUUGUUGGAGUUGAUUCGAACUGCUACGCUCUUGGAUUCCAAGACUGGAUUCCCUCAAGCUGCGUAUGCUGCUGUUUCGACUUUGGCGUUUAUCUCGCCUGGGCAGGUUAUCCCGGAGGUGGUGAAGCAAAUUGAGGCGGACCUUGAUCCUGCUGCUGUGGAGGCCUUUGGAGAGCUUGAGAGGGGAGUGUGGGCGACCCCUCCUGGUACUACUUACGUCGAUGUCCUCUCCUCAUCCAAAGCUGAACAACGACCAACCAAAGGCAAAGAAGCAGCCAUCGCCAAAUGGGAAGAAGAAACCCGCAAAGCUAUCGCGAGCAAGAAAUCCCAACCUGCCACCCUCACCAAACAACAAGAAGCGGCACUCAAAAAGCAACUCGAAGUUGAGGAUGGGAUUCGAGUCAGGGUUGGACAGGUGAAGGCUGCUUUGGAGAGGGGGUUGAGGUUGGUGAGGAGUUUGGUUGGGAGUGGGGUGGCGGCGGGUGCGGGGAGUGGAAUGGGGAGUGAGAGUGAGGUGGGGAAGGUUGUGGGGAGGCUUGGGGAGUUGGUGGUUAGGACCCCGUUGAAGGAUGGGGCGUUUUUGGUGGGGGAUUUGGCGUUUGAGACGUAUUUGGAUCUUUCGUCCAUCGCGUCCGAGAGGUUGGAUACGUACCGCAAGUGGAUCGGGAUUGCUACGUUGAGGUGCUACAAGGUCGAGAACGUACCGGAGGAUUUGCAGGCGGAGGGUUUGGGAUCUUUGAUUCUCCGAGUUUUGUAUCGUUUGCGAUUCUUGUCUGAGCAGGCGCCGUUGGAUGCUGCGUCGUACUCGUAUGCUUUCCCAUUGCUUCAGCAGGUUCUCGUCUCGGGUGGGUUGGAAGCGGAGGAUGAAGAAAAGUUGGAACAAGUCGCUUUGGCGCUUAGUAUCGUCAAGUUCCACGCUGGUGAAUUCGACAAUGCGGACCUUCCUCGAUUACAGACGCUCGAAACGAUCAUCCAUGUCGUCCGGAGUGAAUUGCGGUUGAACAAGGAGGCUUCGUCGACGCUUAUUGAACUUGGAGAGUCGAUUCAGGUUAAUGCUACAAAGGAGGAGGCGAAUGUGUUGAUUAGGGCUUCGUUGGCGCAGGAGUCGCAUGCUAGGAAUGCGUACCUCCAGGCUCUCCAGCCGUUCGAUUUGACGGAGUGGGAUUGGUCUCCUGAACUCUGGAUUGCGUAUCACGACCAGGAUGAUGAGCAGAAUGCUCGGUUGGCGCAGAGGCUUUGGGAGGAUAACGGGUUGGAUGUGCCGGAAUCAUUCUUGGAUGAUUUGAUUCCUUACCUCGGUCACGAUAAUGCCUAUGUCCGCUCGAGUACUGCGACUGCGAUUGCUACUGCUGUCGAGCAGACGCAGAACACGGCUGUUCAGACUAUCGAGGCUUUGCAGGAGUAUUAUAAGGAUAAGGCGAAGAUUCUUGCACCCGAGUUUGAUGAAUACGGAAUGGUCAUCGCUUCGAGUUUGGAUAGGUCGGAUCCUUGGCAAGCACGUUUGGCGACUGCACUCGCAUUCGAACGACUCGCAUCGUCUUUCCCUGAGAGCCAACUCGAUUCGUGGUUCAACUUCCUCAUCCAGUCCGAGGCGCUUGGAGAUCGAGAAGCAGCUGUCCGCAAGGGUAUGCUGAAUGCUGGAACAGCCGUCAUCGAUUUGCACGGAUCGAAACGGCUCGCGGCGCUUAUCUCGAUAUUCGAGGCGCAACUUGGCAAACCUUCGACCACGGAGACGGAGGACCAUAUCAAAGAGGCUGUUGUCAUUCUGUUCGGUCGUGUCGCUCGUCACUUGGAUGCUUCGGAUGAACGGAUCCCCAAGAUUGUUGAUCGACUGGGUGAAGCGCUCAAGACUCCCUCGGAACAAGUGCAAAUCGCGGUGUCGGAGUGUAUCUCGCCUCUCGUUGGGUUGAUGAAGUCUCGACUUCCGUCGUUGGUGGACCAACUUUUCGACGACCUGUUCAAGGGCGAGAGGUACGCUAUUCGUCGAGGAGCAGCUUACGGUAUUGCCGGUGUGAUCAAGGGCACGGGUAUUUCUGGUAUGAAGGAAUUCGACGUCCUGCGCCGCCUCCAGACUGCGGCAGAGGACAAGAAGCAGUACCAGUCUCGCCAAGGUGUCAUGUUUGUUCUGGAAACGCUCUCUACGACCCUCGGCCGCCUCUUCGAGCCCUACAUCACGCACGUCCUCCCACUCCUUCUCGCGGCCUUUGGUGAUUCCACGGCAGAUGUUCGAGAAGCGACGCAAGAUGCUGCGCGUGUUAUCAUGGGCAAUUUGUCGGGCUAUGGAGUGAAGCUGAUUCUUCCAACCUUGCUUGAAGGUCUGGACGAGAAGCAGUGGAGAAGUAAGAAGGGGUCGAUCGAGUUGUUGGGUAUGAUGGCGUAUUGUGCGCCUAGGCAGUUGUCGGUGUCGUUGCCUGUGGUCAUUCCCAGGCUUACGGAUGUGUUGACGGAUUCGCAUGCGCAAGUUCGGACUGCUGCGAAUAAGAGCUUGAAGCAGUUUGGAGAGGUUAUCAGCAAUCCGGAGAUUCAGAACUUGGUGCCGACGCUCCUCAAGGCGCUUGUGGACCCUACCAAGACGCCGAAUGCGCUCACUGCGUUGCUCAAGACUUCGUUCAUGCAUUAUAUCGACCAUUCGUCGUUGGCUUUGGUUAUCCCUAUUAUCGAACGUGGUUUGCGGGAGCGUGGUGCAGAGACGAAGAAGAAGGCUGUCCAGAUUGUCGGAAACUUGGCCUCGCUCACGGAUACCAAGGACUUUGUUCCCUAUCUGGACGAGCUUCUGCCCCUCGUACACACCGUUCUCGUCGACCCCGUUCCCGAAGCCCGUGCCACUGCAGCCAAGUCAUUGGGAACACUGGUGGAGCGUCUUGGAGAAGUCCACUUCCCAGAUCUCGUCCCUGGUCUUCUUCGAACCCUCAAAACCGAUUCUUCAGGUGUCGACAGGCAAGGUGCCGCCCAAGGUCUUUCCGAAGUUCUGUCCGGACUUGGAAUGGAACGUUUGGAAGGUCUCCUCCCCGAUAUUCUUACCAACGCCAGAUCGCCGCGUGCGACUGUUCGCGAGGGCUUCAUGUCGCUUUUGGUCUUCCUUCCCGCCACCUUUGGAACGAGGUUUGCGCCUCAUUUGCCCAAGAUCAUCCCUCCUAUUCUUGGAGGUCUUUCGGAUGCGGAGGAGUAUGUUCGAGAAGCUGCGAUGCGUGCUGGAAGGAUGGUUGUUACCAACUAUUCGAACAAGGCUAUUGAUUUGUUGCUUCCUGAACUCGAGAAUGGCAUGUUUGAUCCCAACUGGCGCAUCCGACAAUCGUCCAUCACUCUUGUUGGAGAGUUGUUGUUCAAGGUAUCGGGUAUCUCUGGCAAGACUUCAGAGCUGGAGGAGGAAGAGGUCACGGAAGAAGCUACUGCUGUUGAAUCAUCACGCAAGGCUCUCCUCGAGGUUCUCGGUGCUGAGAGACGCGAUCGUGUGCUUGCACUGCUCUACCUUGUUCGUCAAGACGGUGUUGUGGUUGUUCGACAGGCGUCUAUUCAAAUUUGGAAGGCGCUCGUUCACAACACACCCAGGACCGUCCGAGAAAUCCUUCCUGAGAUCAUUAACCAGAUCGUCAUCCUCAUCGCUAGCGAUGAACCUGAGCAAGAGGAGACCGCCGGUAGGACGAUUGGUGAAUUGUGCCGCAAGUUUGGCGAGCGUAUUCUUGGGGAGAUCAUGCCCUUGCUCAAGUCCAAGUCCCAGUCCUCAGACUCGAAGACCCGACAAGGUGUCUGCUCGACCAUCAGCGAGAUCCUGCAAAGCGCUACGGAAGGACAGAGAGAGGACUACGAAGACGAGAUCAUCAGCAUCGUUCGUGUGUCCCUCGUGGACGACGAAGCCAACGUCCGUGCAGCGGCUGCUCAGGCAUUCGACAUUAUGCAGACCGAACUCGGCGCCAAGGCCAUUGACGAGACGAUUCCUACGCUAUUGGAGGCACUGCGCCAACCCGGCAAGGGAUCUGGAACUGCCCUUCAAGCUCUACAGGAAGUCAUGAGCGUUCGGGCAUCGACUGUGUUCCCAGUAUUGAUCCCGACAUUGACGGCUAUCCCUAUGACUGUGUUCAAUGCUCGAGCCUUGGCUUCGCUUGUCACUGUCGCUGGAAACGCUCUCAGUCGACGACUCAAUGUCAUUCUGAACGCACUCGUCCAGGUCAUGGAAAGUUCGCCAGAGGAGGAAUUGGCUGAAGCCGUUGAUGAAGCUGUCCAUGCCAUUCUCUCUUCCAUUGCAGAUGCAGAGGGUUUGAACACCCUCAUGUUGAUGUUGCUUGGAUGGGCAAAGGAUGACUCUCCAAAACGACGGGUCAGUGCCUGCAAGCUCUUUGGCACCUUCUGCGAAGCCUCCGAACUCGACUCCUCGCUGUACCGCGUGGACUGGAUCCGUCAACUCGUUACACUUCUCGAAGACGAGGCAGAGGAUGUACACAAGGCCGCCUGGAACGCAUUGGAUGUCUUCGUCAAGUCCGUUCCGAAAGACGAAUACGAACCCCUCGUCAUCCCUCUCCGCCGAAGCAUCGAAUCCACCGGUGCACCAGGGCGCACAGUACCCGGCUACAACCUCCCCAAGGGUGUCUCCCCCUUCGUUCCCAUCAUCAUCGCAGGUCUCACCACCGGCCACAACGACCAGCGAGAACAAGCCGCCUACGCAAUCGGCGACCUCGUCGAGCGCACGGAGGAAGCUGCCAUCAAACCCUUCGUCGUGCCCUUCACUGGUCCCCUCAUCCGUGUCGCUACUCAAGCCACGACCUACACUCCUGGUGUCCGGAUUGGUAUCCUCACUGCUCUCGCCACGAUGUUGGAGAAGAUCCCUGCGUUCCUCAAGCCGUUCUUCCCUCAGUUGCAGAGGACGUUCGUCAAGAGUGCGAGUGAUGCUUCGAGUGCGAGUGUGAGGACGAAAGCGGCCAAGGGACUGGGUAUCCUCAUGAGGCACCAGCCUCGAGUGGAUCCUGUUAUCACAGAGCUGAUUACCAGUGUGAAGGCGAACGUGGAUGGAGAUGAGACUGUUACCGCCAGUUUGGUGCUUGCGUUGGCGUUUGUGGUUGAGCAGGGCAGGGCGAAUGUUGGUGAGAAGGCCAGGGAGGCUUGUAUUGAGCUGGUGUCUGAGGCGUUCCGGGGCGUGCAUCACGUUUGUGCAGAGAAAUUCUCAGAAGCUAUCGGAUGCUUGGUUGUCUCCCUCUCAGACAAGCCAGAGCUCCUGCAGCCCAUCGUCGAAUCACACUUGCUCCUCGGAACACCGCCAACCUCAAUAUCUUCCUAUGUGAUUCUUGCUGUGGUCGACGCCCAAGCCAACCCAGACAACGACCAAUACACCAACCACGCGCCAAACCUCUUCCAGCAACUCGGUGUCAUGAAGAGUGUGGCUCAAAAGGCCCUUGAAAGUGCUGCUAGUGAUAAGCCUGUCAUCGCCCGCCCGGCACGACAGGCCCGGGAUUGGAUAAAAGAGUUGGAGGACGAUAGCCUCAGAGGGUUGUUCUAG